AUGGAUGAAAAUGUUAAGUACGCAAAUUUCUUGAGAAGUAAAAUAGUGAAAUAUUUUAAUUUGAAAAACGACGAAUUAGAUAUAAAUUAUAUCAUAUCUAUAUUAAAUUGUAAAUCUUAUGAUUUAUAUGAUUCUAUUUUUUUAUUGAAUGAAUCUUUUUACGAACAAAAUAAAAACACAAAGUGUUCUUCUUUAAAUAACGUAAAAAAAUUUACUCAAGAUUUAGUAAAUAGCAAAAAGAAAUUUUUUAAUUCAAGUGAUGCAAAUUUAGAUAGUCCUGAGAGAAAUUUUUUUUUAAGUAAUAGUAAUGAGAGUAAAACAAUAAGCACAUCUUUUCAAGAUGUAUUUGAAAAUGAUAAAAAAAUUAAUUUAACAGUUACUACAAAUCAAAAUAAUAUAUCAUCUAAUAUAAAAAAAAAUGAAAUAAAAAAAAACCAAAAUGAACAUUUCACAAAUGAUUUUAAACAAGUAUUUUUUGAAUCAAAAAGAAGAAAUAAUGAUGAAAAAAACAAAAAAAUAUUGGAUGAUAAUAAUAAACAUAUAAACAAAAAUGAAUAUAAUGAUGAGAUAAAAAAUAAUAUAAAUCAAAAAAAUCAAACAUCUGAACACAAAUCUAAUGAUAACAAAAGAGAAGAUAAUUAUUUUUCCUUUUUUAAUAUAAAAGAAAAUAACUACUCCUUAAAACAAGCUAUAAAUUUUAUAGAAAAUGAAAAUAAUGUUGUAAAAUAUAAUAAUGAGCAAAAUGUAAAAGAAAAAAAAAAAAAAAAUCUACAAAUAUGUAUAUGUAAUGGACAAAAUCAUAAAAUAUAUGCAAAUUGUCUAUUUUGUGGAAAAAUAUAUUGUACUAAAAUUAAAUAUAAAAAUUGUAUCUUUUGUGAAAACCAAUUAUAUGAAUCAUAUAUAAUAAAUAAUUUAUUUUUACCAUCAAACCAAAAUAAUAACACAAAUAAUAAUAAUAAUAAUAAUACGAAGAAAUUAAUAUCAUCUGUCAAAAGUUCAAAUAAUUUUUUAUACAAAUAUUAUUUUAAUACAAAUAAUAGUUACUUAAAAAAAGCCUUCGAACUGAGAGAUAAAAUGUUAAGGAACUCAAUUAAUGAAGAACAAACAAAAGUUAUCGAUGACAGUAUUGAUUGGUUUGAGGAUGAUAUUAAAAAUGAAUUUAAUAAUCAGUCUAUACAUUUUUCUCAUUAUGAUGAUGAAAUAAAAAAUGAAAUCAUUAAUAAAUAUCAUGAAAUAUUUGGAAAGAGAUUUAAUGAGAUUAAUAUUGAUAUCGACCUUGUAAAUAUGAAGAUUACUGAGAAUAAAGAUUUUUUAAAAAUUAAAGAAUUUAAUGAUUAUUUAAACGAAAAGGAAAAGGAAUAUCAAGCUUAUGUGGAACUUAAAAAACAACAAGACAUAAAUUUUAAUAAUGCUCGUAAUUAUUUGACUACUAAAGAAAAGAAAAAUUUAAGUUACAUUAAUGACCUCAAAAAAAUAUUUUUUAAAGAAAAUACUGUAAAAAAUGAUACAAAAAUAUAUAAUGUUGAACAAUCGUAUAAAUGUGAUAAGCCAACAAAUUAUAAGAAUAACAAAAAGUAUAAAUGUAAUGUUAUAAGUUUUGUAGAUGAAGAACAUGAAGACACACCCAAUUAA